AUGUCACAAAGAAAGCGUCAAGCACCAUCCUUACCAGGUCUACCAACGUAUGACUCCUCCGCCUCCUCCUCCAGUAGCUCAGAGGCAGAACCAGAAGACUACAAACCAAAGGUCAAGCAAGAAGCAGCCUCAACCCAACAAGUAGCCCUAAUCCAACAAGUAGCCGCAACUCAACAAGUAGCCGCGACCCAAGUUGUAGAGCCAAUCCAAAAGGCAGAGCCAACCCAAGAAGCAGAGGCAGCGCCAGGAGUCGCGGGAUACACCUGGCCACCGCCGCCGGGCUCACCCACAGAGUCCGACACCGACGAACCCGAACCCGAACUCGAUCCACUUUGCGAAGACAUAAAUUGGGAUAGCGACGAAGAACCACACGGAAACAAUGAAAACGAGGGUGGAAACGAAGGAGAACCGCAGACCAGCGGCGUCGGGGCCCAGAACCCCAUGAUCGAAGAGCCCAUAGAACCUUCCUCGCCACGAGGCCCCCAAGUCGACUCAGCGGCUUCAUCGCCGCUAGGUCCGAAAAGUCCUACUCCGCCUCCUCCGUCUCCAGGUCCACCUGCGAACAAGCCGAAGAAGAAAGGUAUGCCAGCGGGUAUCGCUCCGAGACCAGGACACCAACAUGCUGAGACGGGCAUGGAGAAGGACGCCCCCGAUGCUGGUGUAGCCCGCGCGGUAGCAGCAGCAAAGAAACGAAAACGCGAGGAGGAAGCGAAGAUUAAGCGCAAGGCGCCGCCGCGGAAGAAGACACGAUUUGCGUCACCCGAGAAAGGGGAUGACGACGACGACGAGUCUGAUGCUCCAUCUGAACCAGCAGUAGUUGAGACGGGGAAGAAGCCGAGGAAGAAGAACAACAACGGGAAAAAGGAAGGCGCAAAGCCGAAACCGGGCAAAGCCCCUCCCAAAAAACCGACAAAGAACACGCCGAAAGGCGGUAAGGCAAAGAAGGGGGAGGGUAUAGAGAAAGUGAAGUGUAGUGGAAGAACGACGAAGGGCGAGCCGUGUAAGAACGAGAAGAAAAUGAAGGAGGGAGAUGAGUAUAAUUGUGGGAAGCACAAGUCUGAUAAGUGA